AUGAGUUUAUUUAAUAAAUUCAAAGACGAAAUUCUAAAAGAACAAGAAGAAGAUGUCACUCAAACUACUAAAUACUUAGACUCAUACCCACCAAAGAAAUUAGCACAAUUGGGUUAUGCUAUAUUAAAUUUGGUUGUAAGUAAUAUUAGAACGGGAAUAGGUGGUAAAACAAUUAUAGAAUUACAACUAGAUAAAUCUAUAUCAAAUGGGGAGAUUGAUACAAGUACUAUGAAAACAGGAGAUAUUGUGAAAAUAGCGAAAAUGAUUAAAGAAUCCAAGAAAAAACCCAAAGAUGACCAAGAAGAAUUAGCAAUUGAAGCGGUAGUUAUUAAAGUUACGAAUCAGCAAGUUAUAUUAUCAGUUGAAGGUUCAAUCGAUGAUGAGAAAAUACUAUCAAUUUACAACAAUACAAAUGAUACUUCAAAAUUGUGGAUUGUCAAAUUGGCAAAUUCUAUUACUUAUAAAAGAAUGAUUACAACAAUGAAUAAAGUUUUGGAGCUAAAAGAAGGUGAUAAAAAUGAUAUUCAUAGAAUCUUACUAGGUGAGUCCAAAUUCAAUAUACGGGAAAAUUCUAAUCCAAAAACUGAUUUUUUCAAUCCUGGUUUGAAUCAAUCUCAAAAAGAUGCCAUCAAUUUUGCAAUCAACAAGUCCAACAUCUCCAUAAUAUUUGGCCCACCAGGAACAGGCAAAACAAUGACAAUAAUAGAAUUAAUUCAACAACUCACAAAAAAGGGAGAGAAAAUUUUGGUUUGUGGACCAUCAAAUAUAUCAGUUGAUACAAUACUAGAAAGAUUAGGGAAAAAUUACAAACCGAAUGAAUUGAUUAGACUUGGUCAUCCAGCUAGAUUGUUACCUAUUAAUUUGCAGCAUUCUUUAGACGUAUUAUCAAAAUCUUAUGGUAAAGAAGUAAUACAAGAUCUUGAAAAAGAUAUUCAAUCAACUUUGGGGAAAAUUAAAAAGACUAAAAGAUAUGCUGAAAGAAAAGCCUUGUACGGAGAAUUGAAAUUAUUGAAGAAGGAAUUGAUUCAAAGAGAGAAGAAAAUUACACAUGAACUACUAAAUGGUGCAAAAGUUAUAUGUUCAACGUUACACGGUGCUGGUUCAUAUGUGCUAAAGCAGAGUCAGGUCAAAUUCGAUACAAUUAUUAUAGAUGAAGUUUCACAAUCAUUAGAACCACAAUGCUGGAUCCCUUUACUAAUAAAUAAUAACUUCAAGAGAUUAGUUAUAGCAGGUGAUAAUAUGCAAUUGCCUCCAACCUUAAUGAAUAAAGAUUCAAUUUUGGGGAAUACAUUAUUUGAUCGAAUAAUCACACAACUAAAAGGAAAUCAAGUAAAAAAAUUAUUAAAUGUUCAGUAUAGAAUGAACGACAGUAUAAUGAAGUUCCCAAGUAUGCAACUAUACGAAAAUAAAUUAAUCAGUGACAAUUCAGUCAAGAGUAUAACAUUAUCAGAUUUGCCUAAUGUUAAAGUAACUGAUGACUCGAACUUAAAAUGUAUAUGGUAUGAUACUCAAGGUGGUGAUUUUCCAGAACAAAUAAUGGAUUCAAUUGGUGACUCAAAAUACAAUGAAAUGGAAAUACUAAUAGUUAAAAGUCAUGUGAAUAAAUUAUUAGAGUUAGGAGUAGAGCCGAAAGAUAUUGGAAUAAUAGCUCCCUACUCCGCACAAGUUCAACUACUAAAAAAACAAAUAGACCCCACAAUAGAAAUAAGUACAGUUGAUGGAUUUCAAGGUAGAGAAAAAGAAGUAAUUAUAUUAACUUUGGUUAGAUCAAAUGAUACAAAAGAAAUUGGGUUUUUAAAUGAAGAAAGAAGAUUGAAUGUUGCCAUAACAAGAUCUAAACGUCAGCUAUGUAUUAUUGGAGAUUUACAACUAAUGAAUGAAUCUAAUAUUAAAUUUUUAACAAAUUGGAGUAAAUAUGUUGAAGAUGGAUUUGAGAAUGAUGAAAUUGAACCUUAUGAAAUUAUUUAUCCAAACAUUGAUGAUUAUUUAGAAAAUUGA